CUUGGACUGCGUCCGGAGUGUCUCACACAGGCAGUGGGAGGGGAAACCCAGAUUCACCAUGGAGAAAAUGUCCGUGUCAGCAUUCCUGCUCCUGGUGGCCCUCUCCUGUGCGUUGGCCAAAGACACCACGGUCAAACCCGGUACUAAGAAGGACGGGAAACCCAAGCUGCCUCAGACCCUCUCCCGAGGCUGGGGUGACCAACUCAUCUGGACUCAGACAUACGAAGAGGCUUUAUACAAAUCCAAGACAAGCAACAAGCCCUUGAUGAUCAUCCACCACUUGGACGAAUGCCCACACAGCCAAGCUUUAAAGAAAGUGUUUGCUGAAAAUAAGGACAUCCAGAAGUUGGCAGAGCAGUUUGUUCUCCUCAACCUCGUUUACGAAACUACAGACAAGCACCUUUCCCCCGACGGCCAGUACGUCCCCAGGAUCAUGUUCGUCGACCCAUCCCUGACGGUUAGAGCUGACAUCACAGGAAGAUACUCCAACCGUCUCUACGCCUAUGAGCCUUCUGAUGCAGCUCUGCUGCUUGACAACAUGAAGAAAGCACUCAAGUUGCUGAAGACUGAAUUGUAGAGAGAACAACAGCAUCUGUGUGCUCUUCCUGCUGGGCUUCGAGCUUUGGGCCCAGAGAUUUCAGAGGAGCAGAGAACAUGGAAGUACAGGUGGACAUAU